AUGGCACCAAUCCUCGUCCCUGCGAAUCAGCCCGAAGACUGGGUAGCUUCCACGACGUGCUGCUUUGCCACAGCCGGUAUUGGCUACAGACAGCUUCAGGACGGGACUGUGCUCACAGAUGCGGUGUCUUCUAAGCCGGAGAAAUGGCUUGGCGCAGAGCAUCUGGCCAAAUAUGGCGCUGAUACCAAACUCCUGGUGAAGUUGCUGGAUGCCGGCCACAGACCGCCUGUCCAAGCUCACCCACAUGUGGAUUUGUUCAGGCAGCGCCGUGGACGAAAUCAUGGCAAAGCGGAAGCCUGGUACCCUCUGACGCCCGGCUCGGUGUGGCUUGGAUUAAAGGAAUCGAUUAGCCACGAGGAGCCUCUGCAUGUUGUUGAGACAGGGCGGGGGAGGGACCUGCUGGAUCGCAUGCACAAGUUCGACGUCCUGCCGCAUCAGGCGCUGUACGUUCCGCCGGGCACAUUGCACGCCAUUGGUGAAGGCAUCAUGGUUGUUUAG